CCCUUGUAACAUUUUGCAUGUACCAACGGAAAUCAACAAACAAACGUCAACAUGGUCGACUGGACAGAUGCUGAGCGCAGUGCCAUCGUAGGCCUGUGGGGAAAGAUCAGCGUGGAUGAGAUCGGACCCCAGGCCGUGGCCAGACUUCUGAUCGUGUCUCCAUGGACUCAGAGGCACUUUAGCACCUUCGGCAACCUAUCCACACCCGCUGCCAUCAUGGGUAACCCCGCCGUGGCCGAGAAACUGCACGUGGAUCCCGACAACUUCAGGGAGAGUAUUACCGUGUGCGUGGCCGCCAUGCUCGGUCCCACCGUUUUCAGUGCUGAUACUCAGGAAGCCUUCCAGAAGUUCCUGGCUGUCGUUGUGUCCGCUCUUGGCAGACAGUACCACUAGAGUAUCACUCGACAGCACCAAUAUGGAAGAGAUAUGACACUCCAACUCCAUAGCUACACAUUUGAAAAAAACAUCUAUUUGAAAGC